CCACGCCUGCCCCCUGCCCCACCCGACGCUCCCGCCGCGCAACUGUCCUGCCUGUACCCGCCCGCGCCCACCGCCCCCGUGGGCAGGCGCCCGCGUCCACGAUGGGAAAUGAAGCCAGUUACCCGACGGAGAUGUGCUCCCACUUCAACCACGAAGAAAUUAAAAGGCUGGGCAAGAGGUUUAAGAAGCUGGACCUGGACUGUUCGGGCUCUCUGAGCGUCGAGGAGUUCCUGUCGCUGCCCGAGCUGCAGCAGAACCCGUUGGUGCAGCGAGUGAUCGACAUCUUCGACGCCGACGGCAACGGAGAAGUGGACUUCGAGGAGUUCAUCGUGGGGACCUCCCAGUUCAGCGUCAGAGGCGACGAGCAGCAGAAACUGAGGUUUGCCUUCAGCGUCUACGACAUGGAUAAAGACGGCUACAUUUCCAACGGGGAGCUGUUCCAGGUGCUGAAGAUGAUGGUGGGGAACCACCUGCAAGACUGGCAGUUACAGCAGCUCGUGGACAAAACCAUCAUCAUCCUGGACAGGGACGGCGACGGGAGAAUAUCCUUCGAGGAGUUCAGCGCGGUGGUUGGAAACCUGGAGGUCCACAAGAAGUUGGUGGUAAUCGUGUGAGCCUUUUUUUUUUUUUUUUAAGUGCACCACCCACCAACUCUCGCUUAACUCCUGUGUCUCUUUCAAGAUCGGCUCCAGGCAGCCCAGCAGCUGUCUCUCUGACUUAUUUGCCAGUGUUCCUCUUUGCCAAGCCACAUGGCCUAACACGAACCUCAUGACCAGCUCCGUGUUAUUAAUUCUUCUCUCAGUGAUUCAGGGUAACACUCUGCAGGAGCUUGGUGGGGAAAGAAAAGCAAAUGGCUUUUAUAAACGUGUUUUUCUUUGUUUUGACCCAGAAACCAAACUCUAAAGAGUCCAGAAGAAGUUGAAAAAUUCAAAAAUAAGAAAAUUUACAUA